AUGGCGAACACACCGAGUCCCGAGCACGCUCCCCCAUCGCUACCGCCAAUGCGAUUCGAGGGUGGCGAUGUCAUCAUCAAGAUAUCUAGCGACCCGCGAGAGUGGCUUCUACUCCAUGCGAGUGUGCUACGAGCUGCUUCGGACUACUUCAACAGCUUUCUGCAGCCUAUUUGGGGUCGCCCGCCCAUCAUCACUGACGAGAAGGGCGAGCACAACAUCGAGGUCUACAGCCUGGCGAUGGUGAUCGAGGACUACACCUACUUCCUCAAAGCAAAUGCUCAACCCUGCGAUCACGGAGUCGGCUUAGAUGUCAAUCUCCUCGUCAACUCCGAGUACGACGACACUGAUCUCUCUGCGGAUCAGGUGUUCGAACAGCCCGAUGCAACAAGCCCCCUCUACUUCAGAGUCAUGUUCGCUCUUAUUUACGACCUUCCAAUCUCGCUCCAGCAGAUAUUCGCUGACAGGAAACCCUCGAGAUACGUCGGCGAGCAAAAGCUGAUAGCCGCUGUUCGAUUCUUUAGCAACGUUGUCGCGCUCGCAAAAUACCACAACUGCCUUGAAAUGGUUGCACCUCGACUGAGUAAGAUGCUCCUUCAAGAACCAGACAUCUGGAUGGCAAUCUCGGACGCACCUGAAGGCUUUCUCAUUCUGGCGAAGCAUCUCAAAUGCAAGCAGGUCUACAUCGAGGCCCUACGACACGUCGCGUAUAAGACAGACGUCGAUGCGCUCAGGACAGACGUCGGUGCGUAUGAGACGGACGCCGGUGAGCACAAGACACACGUCGAGCUCCUAGCCCAGCAUGCCGGCAUCUCAGAGUCCUACGCGGCCGAGAUCCACAACUAUGCUCAGUCCGUCAGGCGAGACUCGAUUGCAGACGUCAAACAAGUGCUUCUCCAGCUAGGCUUGACCCAUCUUGACGAACAAUAUGCAAUGGCAGAUCGACGCACCAGCUUUAUCAAUGCGCUCAGUCAUCGUCUUUCGAAAGCCAAGAAAGACAAGCAGCGUCUGCGUGCAGAAGCACUCGCUCGUUACGUAUUCGGACAACGCCAUGGCCACGGCUACACCAAGGACAAGCCCCUCCCUCCUUUCGCCAGCGCCUGCACGGACCUUAUGGGAGCCGGCGGACUGGAGGAUCCCACCGCCAUCUUCGGCCACCGAGUCGUCAAGCAGCACGCUGCCAUCUCCGCCGACAACCCGAAGUCUGCUGCCACUUUGGCCGGCAUGAUUCACGAGAAACUUGUCGCGAUUGCUCGCGAUGCCCGUCUUGUGAUUCAGAACCAUUGCAAGCCCCGCGAAGAAGACGAGUACAAGGACCGGCAGCGCACAGGCUGGCCGGCCAAGUGCGGACUCUUCACCCAUCGUGGCGAGUUCACGGCUUCUGGUCUACCUCAUGACAGGGUCCCCUGGAGCGACGAUGAGAGAGAAAGAGAGGCUGCAGGUGAUCUCGCCGGAGUGAGUGGUAAGGACGACCGCACCACUCCCACUAUCACCACUGUUGCCGCCUUGGAUGCGUGGGUGGAUCUGUUGGGACUGAACGACGGAUCCCGGGACGAUGAAGCAAAGGAACACUCGGCUGAAUGCGAGAACUGCGGACACUGA